AUGAAUAAUCAUGCAUUGCUGGUGGAAUUAUAUAAAAAAGAAAAGCAAUUUCAAAAGGUUUACACUACUUUUCGGCCAAAUUUAAAAGUUUCCCCAAUUACUGGAAAGUUCUACGCACGCCACGAAGCGACGGCUGAUCAAGGAGAACCUAAAGAACAUUUUAUACUUUUGUUAGCACAAGCAAAAACUCUUGGGUCAAAGAACAAAUAUUUUUCACCGAAAACUGAAAAUCAAAAGUAUGGAUGGUAUGAUAAAACAUUUCUUCCACGCACACAGGAUUUACUAAUAUUCCCUCACGUCGAAGCUCCCGAAAUUAAGUUGGAUGUUAUUCUUAAACAAAAUUAUAAAAAAUAACAAAAUACUUAUAAAAAUAAACUACAAAAAAAAGUGAGAUUAGUCCAUAAAAUAAAAAUAUAUUUGUUUAUUAUACAUUUAAUUUACCUUCCACUUAUAGA